AUGCCGUCAGUGAAAGAAGGCCGAGUCAGGAAAUUCAAAGCCAAAAAACCUCCAACAACAACCCGACGCGUCUCGAGCAAAAUCCCGCUGGUCGAACAGACUAAUGCAUUAUCCAUUGGCGACUUCAUCGCUCAAUACGUGACUCCACCUUCGCAAGCAGGAGAUUCGGCUGAAAAUGAUGCGAUUAAUCAACCGCAUCUAUUUCAAGAUCAGCUGCAGCAGGAUAUUACCCCCACACCACGCGUGGAUGUCUACUCCGCGGCAACAAUAUCCGCGGGUGAUCUAGAAGCAUGUCUGGAUCUAAUCGAGCAAACCUCAAGUGAAGCCUACAUCGCGUCGAGCACAGGCUGGUCGCGCAUCAAGAAGCGGAAAGAGAUGAAGUUGCCCGACAUGAAGUAUUUGAUUUUGCGGGACACGCCUAAUGAUUCUGGCGAUUCUAAUGUGCAAGUUCCGAGAGAGAAGGAGAGAGAUAUCGCUGACAAUAAUGCCCCAUCUCCGUCUCCGCGGGAAACCGAUGAGUCUAUCUCAUCGUGUCGCACCCGUUUUCCCAAUGUGCUUGGCUUUUUAUCAUUUAUGGUUACCUACGAGGAUGGAAAGGAGGUUGUUUACUGUUACGAGAUCCACUUGUCGCCAGCGGCCCGGGGACGGGGCAUCGGGAAAUUGCUUAUGGACCAGAUGGAGGGAAUCGGUCGUGCUGUCGGCUUAGAGAAGUCUAUGCUGACGGUUUUCAAGUCGAAUGAGAUUGCUCGGCGGUUCUAUGAGCGGCUUGGUUACGAGGUUGAUGAGUAUUCGCCCCAGCCGCGCAGAUUGCGCAAUGGGACUAUCAAGGACGUGGACUAUUUGAUCUUGUCGAAAACGUUGAAAUUGGAAUAG